AUGAAAGCUCGUGGGUUAGAGCUCUCUCGAUUUGGAAGGGUGGCUCAUAUAUUUUCCCAUGGGCUACGAGGAGAUGCUGAAGGGGUUCGGAAAGCUUAUCAUGAAUUCAUUCAACUUGGCGAAGUAGUUGAUACCGUGGUUCUAAACUGCGUCAUGGUCUCGCUCCUACGGUGUGGCGAGCAACAUGUUGCAGAGAAAAUGUAUGAGCGUAUGAAAGACAUGUACCUUUCCCUAAAGUCACAGCACCCCGAACUUCUACAUUCGACUGUGUAUCCCUCUCCCUCCGACAAUUACGCUGCCUAUAGGAAAGCAACUAAGAGACUCGGCCGCGUUCUCGGGAUGACGACCUUUCUCAGAGAUAAGCUUCCAGAACACCACCGUGCAUUACAGAGAGCGAUGCCAUUGACUCCAGAUGGUAAGACCUUCCAUAUAUUUCUAUGGCACCACGCAAACGUCACAGGUGAUUUAGCACGUGUCAUGGCCCUUCUUGAGGACAUGAAAGUCACAUUCGCUAUCCCCCCGCAAGGGAUGAUCUACAUAUUUUUAUUUCACGGCUUCGCAGCCCAUGGUGGAAAAAAAGACACCCAGUGGACAUACAAUCGCCUUAAAGGCGUAUGGAAACACUUCCUUCGAGCCCUGUACCAUUCGAAGGCUGAGCUUAGUUCCAAACGAAGUACCAAAUGUCGAAGGGAAAAGUUUGUUUGGGAGAGCCCAUUAGCCAAUAAAGCAGAAGCAUCUUCUCGCGGACCAGAGAGUGCUGAAGAAGCCGACGAUGAAACGUCAAAACCAACACUGUACACGAGCGAAAGAGGAGUAGACCAAGCUUCCCCAUGGACUGCUUUGACCGGGGAUGGACCUCCUAAUCCCUUUGAGGAAGACGAAGCCGAUGAUGACUGGCGGUAUGAGAAUUCUGUCUACUUGGGCCGAAAAUUGAUUGUUUCCUGUCUAAGAGCGCACGCUACUUGCGGUGGGCCCGAAGCUGUGAUGGAUGUCUGGGAACGAAUCGAGCGCCUCUGGAAGCCCGAGUCACAGAAGAAAGCAGAUAUCCUUGCUGUUAAAGCAGUUCUUGGACAGCUCGUUCCUGGAGGCUUUAAAGCGCCUAAAUAG